AUGUCACUCAAAUCCCAGAUCCCGCUGUUCCUGGCCCAGUUGAUGGUGUUUCUGAUCAGUUUCAUAAGCUCCGUGUUCUGCGGCCACCUGGGAAAGCUGGAAUUGGAUGCGGUCACACUUGCAAUCGCAGUGAUCAAUGUCACUGGUAUCUCCGUGGGAUUUGGCUUAUCUUCUGCUUGUGACACCCUCAUGUCUCAGACGUACGGCAGCCCCAACAAGAAGCACGUGGGGGUCAUCCUGCAGCGGGGCGCGCUCAUCCUGCUGCUCUGCUGCUUCCCCUGCUGGGCGCUCUUCCUCAACACCCAGCACCUCCUGCUGCUCCUCCGGCAGGACCCGGCCGUGUCCAGGCUUACCCAUACCUAUGUCAUGAUCUUCAUUCCAGCUCUUCCUGCGACGUUUCUUUACACACUACAAGUUAAAUAUCUGCUCACCCAGGGCCUCCUGAUAAAUAAGUGACCCGCACAAAUGGUUGGCCAAGACCUUUGUCCUGGCCUCUGAGCCCAAGACCACCGAGGCCACCGGAGACCAACACGUAGCCCGGCAGUAGGUCUGUCAGCGGGAGCAUCGACAGAUGGGAGGGGCCGUGGGUUCUCACCGAAGGGGGGUGCAGUUCAGCGCAACCCAAGGACGCCCGCUACGGGAGGCUCGGAGCAGAGCAGGCCGAGCGGAGAAGUCAGGGCCAGGCCCACCCACUCUCCACCCAGUCCUCUCGGCUGGGAAGCCGCAGAGCUCAGGUCGAUGUGGACGGCCGUGUUGGAGCUCGGGGAGCUUUGCCCCUGGGUGGGACGUGGAGGCUGCUCUGUGUGAAACUGACUUCACCCCUCCCGGCAGAGUGGGAUGUCUUACUUUUACCGACAGGAUUUCAAACAGCAAGGCUUUUACAGAUGUGGUUUCAGAGAACCAGCUUUCCCAGAGAUAAGAAAGGGUUCAAAGGGGCGAGAUGACACCGCAGGCGGAGACGUGUUCCCUGUGACCCCAUGCGGCUCGAGCCGGUCGGCCGUUGUUUCCGGACGCCUGGCAAGCAGCCGCUCACUUCCUCAGUGCAAUGCCAUUUUACUCUCAGCUGCACGUCUCAGAUUUGAGAUGC